AUGAAACUAUUUUUAUUGAGUUUAGUACAUAUAUUUACUACUAGAGCAUAAGAAACUUGGGAGACUCUUUACACAAAUUUUCAAGGAAAUGAUCCAAAUGAUGCAUAAGGUUAUUUUAUCAUAAAUUAUUAGGUUGGAUAAUAUACCAUAAUUAUAAUGAAAAAUUAUUUACUACUUGUAAUGUUUAUGAAUUGUUUGGAGGAUAUAAUGCAUUUGGAAUGAAUACGAUAGUAUUAAAAUAAUUUAAUUUGCCUCCUCAUUAUUAAAUCAAUAUUACAUUAGAAUUCUGGAAGUAUUUCUUAUCUAAACAAUAGAAUUGAUUGUUGGGAUUAUGAUACUGCCUAUAUAAUUACAGAGAAUACUUAAUGGUCAAAAAGUUAUACUUGUAAGUAAGGGAAUCAAUUAUGCGGAGGAGGUCCUGGUUCGGAUGAAUAUAUUGAAUCAAUUACUUUUGCAAUGGAUCAUUACUCUGAAUCUUUAAUAUUUAUAGUGACUACAGACCUGGAUUAUCUACCAAAUGAUGUACAACAUAUUAAUAUAAAAGGAAAGUUGGGGAUUAAGAAAUUUUUCAAUUUCAAUUUUAAGAUGUCCUUUAGGUUGUAUAUCUUGUUAAGAUAAUAAUUUUAAUAAUUGCUAUUAUUGGAUUGGUUUUUUAUCAUUGUGGUAUCAAUCAAUAGAACUUGAUGGAUGGGUGAAAAAUAAUGAUAUUUAACCCAAAGCCGAUAAAUGUGUAAUCUUUGAUAUCGUUGGAGGAUAUCUCAAUUUAGCACCAAAUGAUAAAUUAGGAAAAUUAAUAGAAAAUUUACCUCCCCAUUUUUAACUUAAAGUGUAAUUCUAACUUUGGUUAAUCGAUUUAUGGAACAAUGAAAUGUUUUUUUUAGAAAUAGAUGAUUAGAUUUAAAAUUAAACUAUUUUGAAAACUACAGAUAAAUUUUCUAUUUGUGGAUCUAAAGGAUUAGAAAAAAUUAUUAAUAUUGGAAUUAUAUUAAAUCAUUCAUAAUCUUAAUGUAAUAUUACUAUGAGAACUAAUCAUAAUGCUAUAACUACAAUUGCAUCUUGGGGAAUAAGAGCAUUUAAUAUAUAUCUAGCCAAAUGUUUUAAUGGUUGUGAUUAAUGCACAGGCCCUUUAAAAACAUAAUGUACUGUUUGUUCAGAUGGUUGGGUCUUUUACCAUACUAUAUGCACUUAUCGUAUAGAUUUUUCUUAUUAAAAGCCCCUCCCAUUUUUUUUUCAUAAAUACAAAUUACUUAAAUUUAAGAUCUUAACUCUGAUGAAAGGAUUCAUAUGGAAAUCAAACUAUUAGAAGUCAAUAAAUAGAUAAUUAAUUAAGGAAGCAUGAAACUUUCAGUUUAUAAUAAUUAACCAAUCUUGACUAUAUAAGUGUAUGCUAAAUGUAUUCCAAAUUCAAUAAUGAAAAGUAAAUUUUAAAGUAAUACAUAUUAUGACUCAUAAUUUUAUUAAUUUUAAUAAAACUGCUAAAGACCUUUUAAUUUAAUAAUUUAUAGUGUUUAAUUUUAAUUAAGCAUAAUUGGAGAAUAAGUAUUGAUAAUUGAUACAUCUGAUUCAAAAUGUUUAAUAUAUUAGGUAGUUUAAUUUGCAGAUGAAUUUAUUCAAAUAAAAAUUUUAGAUAUAUUAUUAGAAAAUAUUUGA